GCGGCCGCGGCAGUCGCAGCGGGGCCAUCUUCGGCGGCCGGCUGGUUCGGCCUGUGCCCCGUGCUCCGUGCACCGCGCCCCGCGCCCGGCCCGAUGGCGCCGCGGCCGCUGAGCCCCUUGGUGCUGGCGCUGGGCGGCGCCGCGGCCCUGCUCGGCUCGGUGCUCUUCAUCCUCUGGAAGACCUACUCCGGCCGCGGCCGGGAGCGGCGCUGGGACCGCGGCGAGGGCUGGUGGGGCGCGGAGCCCGCCCGCCUCCCCGAGUGGGACGAGUGGGACCCUGAGGACGAGGAGGACGAAGAGCCGGCGCUGGAGGAGCUGGAGCAGCGCGAGGUGCUGGUGCUGGGGCUGGACGGCGCCGGGAAGAGCACGUUCCUGCGCGUGCUGUCCGGGAAGUCGCCGCUGGACGGCCACAUCCCCACCUGGGGCUUCAACUCCGUGCGGCUGCCCACCAGGGACUUCGAGGUGGACCUGCUAGAGAUCGGUGGCAGCCAGAACCUGCGCUUCUACUGGAAGGAGUUUGUGAACGAGGUGGACGUGCUGGUGUUCAUGGUGGACUCGGCUGACCGGCUGCGGCUGCCCUGGGCCCGGCAGGAGCUGCACAAGCUGCUGGACAAGGACCCUGACCUGCCUGUCGUCGUGGUGGCCAACAAGCAGGACCUGAGCGAGGCCAUGAGCAUGGUGGAGCUGCAGCAGGAGCUGGGGCUGCAGGCUGUCGACAACCAGCGGGAGGUCUUCUUCUUGGGGGCCAGCAUCGCCCCUGUGGGACCCGGAUCUGAAGACCCUGGCACCGUGCACAUCUGGAAACUACUCUUGGAGCUUCUGUCCUAGGCUGGCACCCCUGCUCACCCACCAGCCCUGGGAGCCCCAGUCCUGUGCUCCUGCUCCUUCAUCACUGGCCUGGGCCUGGGGCAGGAGCUGGUGGCAGCCGUCCCUCUCUCCUUGCCCUCAUCAGAGCCAAGAACCACGCAGAAGCCUUCCUGGUGAGGUGGCCCUGGGGCUGAAGUGGGGUGGGGCAGAGGGUGGGCUCAGGGCUCCCCUCCCUGCAGGUCCUGGUGGUUGAGGAAAGUGCUCAGUCAGGCUGUUCACUCCUGGCAAUUUCAUGCCCCUCCUCUCGGACAGGUUCUAGGCAGGACCCAGUGAGCCCUGGCUCAGUUCCACGUGGUCCUCCAGCCCCAGCACUGCCCAUCUGGCUUGUGGCCUUGACCAGUCUCUUCCCCUCUGGCCCCGGGGCCAUCAUUUUAAAAGGAAGGCAAUUUGUGUGUGUGUGUGUGUGUGUGUGUGUGUGCAAACUGAGAGAUGCAUUUCCUAGCAUCGGAGAUAAGAAGUGCGAGGACAAACCUGGAGAUCCUAGCAAGGGUCUGCAACCUCCCCGCUUCCCCAAGCUAAGGCCUAGCCCAUCCCCCUCUCAUGACUGCAGAGUAAGUGGUGGUCACCCCCUAAUCAGAAACACUGAAUUUCCCCGCCACAUCUGGAGACAGAAGCUGCUGCUACUGUGUUAACUGCCAGCACCAGGUUUCCAUAAGUGGGCGAGACCAGUCCCAUUCCUGAGAAGACUGAAGACUGCCCACCAGAGCUGGGCCUUGAUCUAGAACUGCAUUGUGUUUAUUUAUUUAUAAAGGGAACAGGCCAAAGAUUUAGCCUCUGUUUCUAGGUGCUGUUAUCAAAACCCCAGAUGACUGUGAUGGGAGGUCUGGAUCUUUGAGGAAAGUGGCUGGGAUCAUUAAUGACGUGAUAAGUUAGGAGCCAAAGCUGUAGCUCCCCCCGCCCUGACUAUAAUGAUACCAGGAUGUUCACACUGAUCCGCCUGAACUGUACCUCCAUCAGUAUGUCAGAUCCCUUCUGUGUGGAUAACAGAGGACUCUGGGGAAGGAAAUUUCAAUCGUGUAAAUCCAGGUAAAGAAAUGGGACGUAGCGACCAGCCCGCAGGGUGGCCUGGGGCACAUCGCUCAGCCUUCCCUCGCCCGGGGGUGCCCAGCCUCCGCAGCAUUGGCUGGAAUUUCCGUUCUCUCCAGUGCGCGUUCCAUGCUUCCCUUUCCAGUGACCGGCCGGUCAGGACCAUUUUGUCUGCACCGACACUUCUCUUUCGUGCAGGCAAGAGGAGCCUUUUGUCUGUCAGGGUCACUGAAUAACCAGUGGCCACAAAUGGACUAUUUUUUAUCAAUUCUGUUUGCUUUUUCAUUGAGAACAGGUUCCGUGCCUUCCUUUCAUUUGUUUACUUUGUGCUCAAUUCUUCAGCUCGUGUGAGAAGAGGGGGAGGAGGGAGGCGGAACUGAAGAGUAGCUCGCUCUGCUCUAGGGCUUCGGAUUAACUUCCUGCAUUAAGAAGCGACUUGUCUGCUUUUAUUUGAAACAAUUAAGGAACGACUUGGGUUGUGGAGUAGCCUUUGAAACUUCUCUGACUUUUCACUUCUGUGUUCAUGAACCCCACCUGGAUCCAGUGCUUGAAAGUUACCUUUGGAACCAGUGCUGGCGAGGGACCCUGUUCUCCCUGAGAUCUGCCUGUGGUCUGAGUAUCAGUCCCUGUGUAGUACAGUUUUUAAAGUCCCUAGUAGGGAGAGGUGAACUUGAAUAGAGUUCAACUACAUGUACUUGAGGUACUUUUAAAGACCACUCAGAACUGAAGGGUCCCAGUGGCAUCAGAAGACACUGCUGAGGGGCGCUGAUGCUUGCGUGGAAUACAGACGUUCAGUGGGCCUGUGGGCGGCUGACCGCUGUGCUCCUGUGCGGGGGCUGCUGGCCCGUGUGCUCCGAUUUCCGGGACCUGACUGGGCAAAGCAGGACAGCUAGCUGCCUGGCCUGGUGACUGAUUCGGGAGCCAAAUAAGUACUGUUGGGAACCGUGAGGCUCCUGAGCUAGUCUGGCUGACACUGCUCCCACCACUGCCCUGACUACAGCUCCGGACCUGUCUACGCGUGGGAACAGGUAGGAGGUGUCUGGGCCAGCCUGGCCCAGAGCGGGCACACGUGGAUGGUCUGGGCAAGAGGGCCCUUGAGGCUGCCGGGACCACCACCUUGGACUGACUGCCCAUCCCAAGAAGCCUCUAGCACCUCUCGGUGCCCACAAUUGCCCGUCGUAAGCUUGUGCUGAUGGACGGAGUCAGUCCUCACUGCUCCCCUACCCAACCCUCCACGGAAGUGCUGACGAAAAUCUAACUCUGGCCUGUCUGCCUGAAGGAAGCAUCGGAUUCUUCAGGAAACCUUCCCACUUGCCUUUGAAAAACUUUGUUCUUAUGUAGUUUAGUAGCAACUGCCAACAUCUCACACCAGCUGCUGAAGCUCGUCUAUGGUGUGGUCCUCGCGCAGCUGCCCGGCCUCGGAGCGGGGGCAGGGAGCGGUGGGCCUCGUGCUUGCUCUCCGCUCACACGUCCUCAGAGUCCUUUCUAGUAGCUCUGAAAAGGGACCCUCCAACUUUUCCUCAUCUGCCGCCCCCAGGAGAUGAGGCCCUAAGGGACAAGGGGAGGUUUGCCAUCACAGAUCUGGAAGUAGAGGGCCUUGCUGUCCUGCCUGUGCCUUGCACCCAGGCCCACAGGCCACCAAGGGCAGCGGGUGGGUGCUGGCGGCGUCUGAGGCACCACACAAUAAAUGCCGAAGUGGCGUGCUUUCA